AUGGCGGAGAACGAUCAAGAACCGAGGACGACAAGAGACAGUAUCUACAGAGCUGCUAGGAGCAUAAAACGAAGAGACAACAGCCUCUACAACGCUCUUCGAUCAAUCUACCAAGACUCCAUCUUCGUCAACGAGAUCUCUCAGCUUUGGCCUAAACUUCCUCUCCUCGCUAACCUUCGCUGUGGUCUCUGGUACUCUCCAAGAUUCGACGCCACUUGCUACUUCAAAUCCACCGACGGUCACACCAACAACUUGUCCUUCAACACUUCUCGUCUCAAUCUCCAUCUCCCUCUUCUCGCUGGAGAAAAAGGAGGUUGUAUCAUUAUUGAUUCUACUCGGAAAGGAAAGCGGUUUCCUGAUAGCAUGUCCAAAACCAUACCAAUAUGGUCUUGUGUAUUAAACCGCUCAAUUUUUAAUUUCUUGAAGACACAAUCUAAUGAUGUAGGUUUGACUAGUGAUGAUGAUCAUGAUGAUGGUGAUAGGAUAAGGAAACUGUUAGAGAAGUGGGAUUGUAGUUUACAUCUUCCACUAUGGGUUUCAAAGACAGAGAGGGCUUCCAUUGAAGCUAGGUUGGAGGAAUGGACAAGAGAGUUAGAAGAGAGUGGAGCUGAUAUAGCUUCUCUAGCUUCAUGCUUGAAGAAACCCUUACGUCCUCUUUGGGUUUCGCAGAAGACAGUUAUAUGGUUGAAUGAAGUACCUGAUCAUGACUCAUGGGACUUCACACCUCUCAUCCUUGUCUCAGCUUCUGCUACUUGUGGGGAGUAUCAGCAAAACAACAGAAGUAAUUCGGAGUUUAGUUGGAACUAUAUCCCAGGAGCUGGUGAUGAUGAAGAGAGCUGGUCCAGAGGUUUAUCUCCGAAUAUGUUUUGGAAACAUGUUUACGAUAUUAUUGACUCCAGACCUGACUUGUGUAACCAGAAAGUCGCUGAGAUUGUUGAGAGUGAUAGAGUGUAUCGAGCGCAAAGGGGUAUGGAAGCUCCUCAGGUUGUUGUAAAGUCCUCAAAAUCUUGUAAUGAUGGAGUCAAUCACGCUAAGAGUGAUGAAAUAGUAUGUCUUAGUGCACACAUAACUAAUCUUGAUGAAGAAGAGAGCUUAGUUUCUUGGUUGGCAUCAACUAAUCUUGCUGUUGGGACAUCACAAGUAGCUGGUAAGGAGACAUCUGUUGAUUGCAUAUUAAAUUGCGAUCAAAAUCCAAUCUCAGUCCCUCUAUCAUCUCAUGAAGAGUAUUUGCAUCUACCUUUGAAGGGUUCAAAGUAUGAUAGAUUUUCGAUAUUCAAGAAUCUUGCUUCCGCGGUUAAUUUUGCAAAGAUGAAGCUGAGUUUGAGGAAGAAGCUCUUAGUUUGUUGUCAAGACGGGGAAGAUAUUAGCGUAUGUGUAUGUUUGGCCAUCUUGAUAGCCUUAUUCAAUGAAGAAGGGCACUUUGAUGGUGGAAAGUGUUUUGAAGAAAAGAGUAUAACAAAGUUGGAAAUGCGACGGAUGCUAAUUUUUAUGUGCAAAUAUGCUGUGAAUGCUCGACCAUCUAGAGGGAAUCUUAAGCAAGUUUUUGGUUUUCUCUCGUCUCGCCAAGAAAUUUCAGACUAG